AUGGGGCGAAAGCAGUUGCUUCCAAAAUAGUCUAAUAAAAUAGGUUCAAAUGGGGCGAAAGCAGUUGCUUCCGAAAUAGCUAAAUGUACUAAUCUCUCCUUUUUAAGCCUCAACCUUGAGUCUAAUAAUAUAGAUUCAGAUGGGGCGAAAGCAGUUGCUUCCGAAAUAGCUAAAUGUACUAAUCUCUCCACUUUAAGCCUUGAUAUUGGGAGGAAUCAAAUAGAUUCAGAUGGGGCGAAAGCAGUUGCUUCAGAAAUAGCUAAAUGUACUAAUCUCUCCACUUUAAUCCUCGACAUUGGGAGGAAUCAAAUAGAUUCAGAUGGGGCGAAAGCAGUUGCUUCCGAAAUAGCUAAAUGUACUAAUCUCUCCUUUUUAAGCCUCAACCUUGA